AUGCCUCUGGUGAACAUGUCUGGAUCAAAGUGGAGGCUGGUGCUGUGCACUCUGCUUAUUUGUGCAGUAAUCCUCGAGUUGGCGUAUUGCCAAAAAGAUGCCCAGAAGCAGAAGGCUACCCCGGGGAGGAAGUCCAAGCCGAGCAAAAACAAACCAGAGAAGUCAACAAACGAAGGGUCCAGUACUACAACAGCCAAACCAAAGAACAAAGCUACACCUGCAGCCAAGGCACAGGCCUCCCUCACACAGGUGCUAAACAGAGGGAAGUUUAAGAAGGUGGGUGAGACUAUAAGUGUGCAGACAGGAGAUACUCUGGAGCUGAGGUGCAGGGGCAAACCUGUGCAGUGGGGCGUGCCCUCAUACCUGGAGGAGGAUGAUGAAGGAAGGCUCAGGAUUGUCCAACAUGAGCGGUACGGCGUUCUGACAUUAGUCAACACCACUGGCGCAGACACAGGGGAGUACACCUGCUACCCAAUGUACUGCGAAGAGACAGACUGCAGGAAGGAGUAUGACAAAGCUAUCAAGGUCUUCGUCUUCUUUCCUGACCCACAGGAACUAUUUGUUCCAUCAUCGGACUACUAUAAGGCGAUUCAGCUGAGAACCAACUGGCCCACGGUCCUCCCCUGCCAGGUGACGUCACCGGAGGCCAAAGUGUCUUUGCACCGCGAGUUUCCACCUGUGGAGGUAGCGGUGGACGGGAGGGAGAUCUCCUUUAAUGUCAAGAAAGGCUACACCAUACACCGACCCCGGCCUUAUCACGCUGGAGCCUUGUACUGUGUUGCCAGUCUGGGCAACCUGAGGCAGAGCUCCACCAAGUACAUGCUCAUCUAUGUCAACUACCCCAUGGCUCCUCCUGCUCCAGUGAUCCAGGCCUCAUCCAGUCUGGUGGUUGUGGGGGAGAACCUGCGUGUCAGCUGCAGUGUGGUGGGAGAACAGGAUGUGGUUGUGGAGUUCACCUGGGAAUACCCAGGACAGCAGAUUGGGAGGCCUCCGUACACACAGGAGAGCAUCACUUCGGUCGGCGGGGGAGCGGCUCGUCAGCAGUCACAGUCUGUCCUCCUGGUGGACGAGGUGAGGGAUGUGGACCAGGGCGAAUACACAUGCACCGCUCAGAACCUGCAAGGAGCCAAAUCAGUGUCUGCCACUGUCAAAGUGGUCCCCACCACUGUCAAAGUGGUUCCUAAGGCAAAACCUAAGAAACCGUGA